AUGUCUCAAUUCGAGCUUCGCGCUGCAGGUAUUUUGGAUCUGUAUGCAAUAGCGACAGUAUGGACAGCCGCGUUCUUUGACGAUGAGAUCAUCGGAGAGAUCAUGCAUCCGCACCGCAAAGACUAUCCUGAUGACGUUUAUUGGUUCUUACUGCGCGGGAUUCGAGAACGAUUCUGGGACUGGCGCCAUCAAUUCAUAGUCGUAACAGAUAAUGGAAAGGUGGUUGGGGCAGCAGAUUGGAGGAGGCUUGGGAAAGGCGGAGAGAGCAAAGAGUUGAGCGUACUAGAUCCACGCAACCUCAUCGCGCCCGUCUUGGAGACCUACCACUCCAUAUCCCUAACGUUGUUCCCGAAUCGUGCCGCCGACCCUACACGCGCCUCGUUCCUCGAUACCGCUGUCGCAAACUCAGAGAAGUACUGGACUGGCCAGCGGACCGAAUGCUGGGACUUGCAUGUUUGUGGUGUACAUCCAGACUACCAAGGUAAAGGUGUUGGGAAGCUGCUGGCCCGAUGGGGAGUUCUAGAAGCGCAGAAAGAAGGCGAAGAUGUCGUAGCUAGUGUGUUGUGUGGGGAGAAGAACAGAGGCUUCUAUGGCAAGGCUGGGAUGAAUGUGCAGGUUAGCGAAACGAAAGGUAAAGGGGGAGGAAUUGCUUUGUUCACAAGAUAA